AUGUGAAGGUCCUCUGGCUCCCACAACUCUACUAUCUUUAUACUCCCACUUUCGAGAUGUGUGUGAAGCCAGCCCUUCGAAUAUACUGGGCGAUGGCUGUGUCAACCAUUGCCAUGCAUUUCAGCCGUUCUCCGGGUACCAACUAUACUGAUGAUCACGGAAGAAAGCUUCUCAUGGGUGUGAGUGAGCGAAUUAGGACCAACAACGUGCAUCAAUGUCCGCACUUAAGUCGAAUUCCUCUUCAACGAAAAGGUUCGGCUAGGCCAAGCAUGUUUCCGAUAGAACAAAAUGCCGCCAUGGAUGAGUUACACUUUUCCCUCAGUUAUUUGUACGCACUUGGAGUACUUAUAUACGGCGCAUGACUUGUAUAAAUACAACUGGUACAU